GUAUGAACACCUGGCCAACCUCAAUUGACUUGGAAUCGAAAGCCAAAGUCCGAACAACAGAGUUUCGAGCUCAAAGGCAUUUUCCCGGGAAUCGAAUUCCGCGCUUUGAAUUUCCUCUCUUUCUCGGGAAAUUUUUAUAUCGGGAUCCGGUCAAACCGAUCCGAAAUUCUCAGACAGUGAGUGCAUCCGAGCCUCCGACGUAGAGCUGAGCGGAGCAGAUCACGGAACCGCAGCCGGUGAUCUGGAUCCAGCUAUGUCGUCGAAGCCUCUGCCUUACUCUAUGAAAGAUGUACACUACGACAACGCCAAGUUCCGCCACCGAUCCUUCUUCAAGGUUAUUACUCAGACCUUGUUCACUGGUAAAGUAAAGCGCGAUUGUCAAAGUUGUAGUACAGGGAAGUUUUUAGUGUUACUACUGAUAUUUGGUUUAGCAUAUCUUAUGCUUACACAUACAAGUCCUGCCCAUUCUGUAACUGAUAGAUUAAGUGUUAAGAAUAAUGAAGAGAAUGUCGUCACAAAUGGGGGCAGCAGAUUGGGAAAAUUUUUGAGAAGAGCACCAAGGCUUCCUCCUCGAUUACCACCUGAUGAGAAAAGUAGUAAUAGUAGCGUUGGUCUUGAGACUGAGAAGCUAAAAUGGAUAGCAAGGCAAGAAAGUGUUAAGGAGGCUUUUGUUCAUGCGUGGUCUGGCUAUAAAGGAUAUGCAAUGGGUAAUGAUGAGCUUAUGCCAAUGAGCAAGCGGGGAGUUGAUGGGUUAGGAGGUCUUGGUGCUACUGUUGUGGAUGCUCUUGACACUGCCAUGAUAAUGGGUGCUAAUGAAGUGGUCUCUGACGCAGGCUCAUGGAUUGAGAAGCACCUUUUAGAUAGGAUUACUAAGAAAGGUCAAGUCAAUUUGUUCGAAACUACCAUACGUGUUCUGGGUGGUCUUUUAAGUGCAUAUCAUUUAAGCAUUGGGGAAGGAGGGAGCAACUUGAUAAACAUGGGGCCUAAACCAACUGUUUAUCUAGAAAUCGCGAGGAACUUGGCUGAUCGUCUCUUAUCUGCUUUUACUUCCAGUCCAUCUCCUAUUCCCUUUAGUGAUGUUAUUCUACAUGAUUCCUCAGCACAUGCAGCUCCUGAUGGAUUGAGUAGUACUUCAGAAGUUUCCACUUUACAGCUUGAGUUCAAUUAUCUCAGUGCCAUUUCUGGUGAUCCAAAGUACAGCAUGGAAGCCAUGAAGGUCUUGGAACAUUUGAAGACUCUUCCAAAGGUAGAAGGAUUGGUUCCUAUCUACAUUAGCCCUCAAUCUGGUGAAUUUAGUGGAGAAAAUAUAAGACUAGGAUCUCGUGGUGAUAGUUACUAUGAGUACCUACUCAAAGUGUCGCUUCAGCUGGGAAAAAGCCAAGAUAGUAAUUCAACUUAUCUACAUGAUAUGUAUGAGGAAGCAAUGAAGGGUGUUAGACACCUUCUUGUUCGGAAAUCAAUCCCAAAUGGAUUGGUUUUUGUUGGCGAAUUACCUUUUGGACAUAAGGGUGCUUUUAGUCCAAAAAUGGAUCACCUGGUCUGUUUCUUGCCUGGUACUCUUGCGCUUGGUGCCACUAAAGGCAUUACAAAGGAAAAAGCUAUGAGCAACAAUUUGCUUAAGUUUGAAGACCUGGAGAAUCUGAAGCUUGCAGAGGAUCUGGCCAAAACAUGUUUUGAGAUGUAUUCUGUAACUUCUACCGGUCUUGCUCCAGAAAUUGCUUACUUCCAUACAGAGGAAUUUUCUGAAGCAGGUCUAGAUGGUGGGAACAAGAGUUCGAAAUUCAUAAACGACAUUAUAAUCAAACAUGCUGAUCGUCAUAAUCUGUUGCGUCCUGAAACUGUAGAGUCGUUGUUUGUCUUGUUUCGUAUCACUGAAGACCCAAAGUACCGCGAAUGGGGUUGGCAGAUCUUUGAAGCAUUUGAGAAAUACACAAGAGUUGAUACUGGUGGAUACAGUUCUCUGGAUGAUGUUACCUCAAUCCCCCCUCAUAGAAGAGACAAGAUGGAGACCUUCUUUUUGGGCGAGACACUUAAGUAUUUGUACUUGCUGUUUGGGGAUAGCUCUGUUAUUCCAUUGGAUAAGUUCGUCUUUAACACAGAAGCUCAUCCUUUUCCCAUCGAAGGCACUAUUAAGAGGGAAUGAUACUCGUCACCUCAGAAGGAUUCAUGCGAAUGAAAGCAUGUAUAAACUGAUCAACUAAAGCAUUUUCUUCCGGGCACAGACUGGAUUGCUUUUGAGACUGACUGGUUUAUCUUCUACAUGGUCCUAAUAGCAUUUGCUGUUUCUAAAGGCAGUGAACCUGAACAGUCAGGUUAUGAAAAAGUAUAAGGAUAGCUUAAUUUGUUUCUUUUCAUGUGCGGCGCAUCAGCGAUUAAAUCUGCUUUCUUCUGUCAUCCUCAGAAGCUUGGAGAAAGAUAUUUUCUUGGACAUUCAUAUACUUGUGGAGCGACUAUUUGAUGUAUUGUUGUAAUGGAUGUUUUGAGUAAUUAUUGGAUGGGGCUUUGCCCAUCAGAAAGUAUUGAGUGAAAUUCCACCUUUUUGUAAUUGACUCCAGUUUUCCAGUGCUAUUGCUGGCUAUGGAGACUCAAAAUCACCGACUGAUGCAAUCAAAUUUUUGUUACCAACUUA